CUCUGCUGCGGUUGUCACGGGCUCCGCGUGUCCACGAGCACGCGUAUCCUCUACACGCUCCUGCACGUCCUGGCCUCUGCUGUGUGCUGCCUCAUGCUGUCCCGCACUGUGGCCCAGGCUAUCACGGAGAAGGUGCCCUUCUCAGUGGUGCUGUGCCAACACCUGCCUGGGGGCACAGACUGCGAGCAGCUGGUGGGCUCCUCGGCCGUGUACCGGGUCUGUUUUGGCACUGCCUGCUUCCACCUGGCACAGGCUGCCCUGCUGCUCAACGUGCGCUCCAGCUCUGACUGCCGUGCGCAGCUCCACAACGGGUUCUGGCUCCUGAAGCUGCUGGUGCUGGUGGGCCUCUGGGCCGCAAGCUUCUUCAUCCCUGAGGAGAACUUCAUCCAAGCCUGGCACUACACAGGUGUCUGUGGGGGCUUCGCCUUCAUCCUCAUCCAGCUGGUGCUAAUCACAGCCUUUGCACACACCUGGAACAAGAACUGGCUGACAGGAGCUGCGCAGGACAAGCGCUGGUAUCUGGCUGUGCUGCUGGCCACGGCCACCUUCUACACCCUUGCCUCUGCCGCCUUCUCCUUCCUCUACAAGUUCUACACCCACCCAGCCGCCUGCCACCUCAACAAAGCACUGCUUGCCAUCAAUGGCAGCCUCUGUGGCAUCAUGUCCUUCAUCUCCAUCACACCGUGUGUGCGGCUCAGUGAGUACCACACAGCACAGCGUGCUGGGGGCUGCCAUGCUGCAUGGCCAGCUGUGUCCUGUGCUGACUGUGGGCCCCAGCUCAGGGCCAGCACCGGGGCACUGGAGGAGAACCCAGUUCUGGGUUCCUGGCCCUUCCUUUACCUUGGCACAAGGCCACCCGAAGCCCAACAUUGGGACUGCUGUUGCUGCUACAUUCUGGAGGGGCUCAGGCAGCUGAGGAAAGAGGAUAACGGGCUAAAAGCUAAAGUCAGUGACUAG